GCUAGGGCUCGAACUGAUCCACAAGUGAUUUCGAGAUAUUUCGAGUUAUUUAAGCCAUUGUAGCCUCAUGGCGACGGCGGGCAAAGUGCGAGUGUUGCACUUGCUGUGCAAGCACGAGAAGUCGCGCAAUCCCGUCUCCAGACGAACGAAAGAGUCCACGGCAAGCGUUUCUGUGGCAUCAGCCCACGAAGAGCUGAAGGCAAUCCUUGGGAGGUUAGAAGGCAAAUCGGGGCAGGAGCUGGUGGAUGCAUUCGCCAAAGAGGCACAGCUUCGAAGUGAUUGUGGUUCUUUUGCCCAGGGUGGCGAUUUGGGUUUUUUUGGACCAAGCGAAAUGCAAAAAGAGUUCGAGGAGAUCUGAGUCCUGUUGUCACCUUGCUCUCAACCUGCGCCAGUCAGUUUUAUCAUUUCAUUCACUACUUUAAUAUGUUUGAAUCGUGUUGAAUCGAGCGGCGAUUUUUCAUUGACGCGAAGGCUCCAUACAUUGACACAAAUUGAGGAAGCAUCUUUUGCGCUUGAAGUUGGGCAAAUGAGUAGUAUUGUGGACUCUCAGAGCGGCAGUCACAUCAUCAUCAGUAAGCGCCCCAGUGCCAAAGAGUGCACUUUGUCUCAUUCCUGUCACUUGCAUGCAUCAUUCGCUGUCUUACUUUUCUUAACUGGACGUUGCCGAAGUGAAGUCAGAGCCUUCUUCCUGAGGAAUCGCUUGAGCUAUGAGACACUUUGGGCAGCGGGAGCGGUAGAGCGGCAGAGCAGUAAAACGCUGCACAAAGCUGGGAAAAAAUCUGCGUCCC